AUGACUGAACUUAUCACCCUAUCUCUAAGCGAGAGGCCAGCCAUCCAGCCGCUUGUAUCGGCAAUCUCAUCCUUUUGGUCACUACCCAAAGCUCGUGACCAUAGACUGAGUGGCUGUAACCUGUCAGACAGAAGCUGUGAAGCUCUGUCCUCAGUCCUGAGCUCCCAGUCCUCUAGUCUGAGAGAGCUGGACCUGGGUAACAACAACCUGCAGGAUUCAGGACUGAAGCUUCUGUCUGCUGGAAUGAAGAGUCAAUACUGCAAACUCGAAACGCUGAGACUGAGUGGCUGUAACCUGUCAGACAGAAGCUGUGAAACGCUGUCCUCAGUGCUGAGCUCCCAGUCCUCUAGUCUGACAGAGUUGGACCUAGGUAACAACAACCUGCAGGAUUCAGGACUGAAGCUUCUAUUUUCUGCAGUGGAGAGUCCAAAGUGUACACUUGGAAUUCUCAGACUGAGUGGCUGUAACCUGUCAGACAGAAGCUGUGAAGCUCUGUCCUCAGUCCUGAGCUCCCAGUCCUCUCGUCUGAGAGAGCUGGACCUGGGUAACAACAACCUGGAGGAUUCAGGACUGAAGCUCCUGUCUGCUGGAAUGAAGAGUCAAUACUGCAAACUCGAAACGCUGAGACUGAGUGGCUGUAACCUGUCAGACAGAAGCUGUGAAACGCUGUCCUCAGUGCUGAGCUCCCAGUCCUCUAGUCUGACAGAGUUGGACCUGGGUAACAACAACCUGCAGGAUUCAGGACUGAAGCUUCUAUUUUCUGCAGUGGAAAGUCCAAAGUGUACACUUGGAAUUCUCAGGGUGGAGCCUGCUGGAGUCCGAUGGUUGAGACCAGGUCUGAGGAAGUAUUCCUGU